CAACAGUCUUCAAAUUCAAUGAGCACAGUGCAAAACCUAACCCCUCCCAACCUCCCCAACAACAGCCGGCGAAGAAAGCCACCUUUUAUUACUUAGAAAUAUAAGCAAACCAAACAGUACAGUUUUAGAGAAAGAGAGAGCUUCACCUAACCCUUCUUCUUUCUUUUUCAUCAUUUCCUUUCUCUCUAUUUGCACCUUCCUUCGUUUUCACCGCCUCUGCUUUCGGUGUCUUCAAACAGAACGCCUAUUCCUCGCAUAUUCAAUAAAUUCCUAUUUUUCUCUUACCCAUUUCGAAAAAAAUAGAUUUUUUAGCCACCCGUUUGCGUAAAAUCAAAUCUUUUCAACAUAAAUAUUGUCUAUUAUGUUGAAACUAUGAAAAACUUCAUCCGGGUAUUUUCUGAAUUCUAAUUAAAAGCUUUUUUCAGAAGUGGUUUUCUCUUUUUUUAUUAAAUCUUUUUGCUAUGGGUAAGAGAGGAGGAAUUCAACUGUUUGAUGAUAGAAGAGACGGGUUCUUUUCAAUCUGUGAUUUGGCAUCUCAAUGGAAUCUCAAAGACGACAACUUUCAUACUCAGUAUCAACUGGGUGGCUUAUUUGCAAGCGUGGGCCAAAUGGGAAUGAAUUUUGGCGUUUCUCCAAACUCUCCAAAUUCUCCUGACAAUAACAAUGGCGGCAUCAAAUCUCCAUUGACUGAUUUGUAUGUAAAGUACGUUGCUUCAAAGGAUGGUGCUUGCAUUGUAGAGGUGCCAGAAGGUGAAACGACUAUGAAGAAGAAGAAGGGUGGGCUUAAAUUGAAAAUCAAGAUUGCAAAUCCUUCAUUGAGGCGGUUGUUUAGUGGAGCAAUAGCCGGGGCUGUGUCAAGGACUGCUGUGGCUCCAUUGGAGACCAUAAGGACGCAUUUGAUGGUGGGGAGCAGUGGACAUACUACUGGUGAGGUGUUUCAAAAUAUAAUGAAGACUGAUGGGUGGAAGGGCUUGUUUAGGGGUAAUUUGGUUAAUGUCAUUCGUGUUGCGCCUAGCAAGGCUAUUGAGCUCUUUGCUUUCGAUACGGUCAACAAGAAAUUGUCAGCCAAGUCUGGGGAACAGUCAAAAAUCCCCAUUCCUGCAUCAUUAAUUGCUGGGGCUUGUGCUGGAGUUAGCUCAACUUUGUGCACAUAUCCUCUUGAGUUGGUCAAGACUCGAUUAACUAUACAGAGAGAUGCUUAUAAUGGUAUAGUUGAUGCUUUCGUAAAAAUAAUGCAAGAAGAAGGCCCUGCAGAACUCUAUAGAGGUCUCGCCCCCAGUCUUAUUGGAGUAAUUCCAUAUGCUGCCACCAAUUACUUUGCUUAUGAUACAUUACGGAAAGCUUAUAGGAAAGUAUUCAAGCAAGAAAAAAUUGGCAAUAUUGAGACCCUUUUAAUUGGAUCAUUAGCAGGUGCUAUAUCAAGUAGUGCAACAUUCCCACUUGAGGUGGCUCGCAAGCACAUGCAGGUUGGAGCUGUCAGUGGACAGGUAUACAGGAACGUUCUUCAUGCACUUGCUAGCAUUCUCGAGAAAGAAGGGAUCCCUGGUUUGUAUAAAGGGUUGGGACCCAGCUGCAUGAAGUUGGUGCCUGCUGCUGGGAUUUCGUUUAUGUGCUAUGAAGCCUGCAAAAGAAUACUGGUAGAGAAAGACGAGGAGGCAUGAAUCUCUUUGAAAAGGCUCGGAUACCUGUUAAAAUAUGCUGGGUUUAAUAAUUUUGCUGUGUCUUUGAUACUAAAUAGUUUUUGUUUGAGGACUCGUUCACAGAAGCAAUUUUCGGGCUAGGAUAUUUUUUUUUU